ACGUCGAGCGGCGCAGGGAGAAGUUCGUCACCGUCUCCGUCGCUGUGUUGGACCUGCUGGAGCUUUCGAGGUUCUGAUCGGAUCCAUUUUUGUUUGGGUAUAAACUGAUAAUCCGAGCAACGAACGGCUCCUCUAAAACAACAGUUUAAUCGAUAAACAAACAAACAAACACCGCGUGGAUUUAGUGUUCAUCUGUUGGACUGAACACCAGGAAACAGCUCUCAGUUAAAGCGAAAGUUGUAGAGAGACUCGAGAGAGAGAGAGAGAGAGAUGAGUGUGGAGGCGUACGGGCCGAGCUCCCAGACCCUCACCUUCCUGGACACCGAGGAAGCGGAGCUGCUCGGAGGAGGAGCGGACACUCAGGGCUCCGAGUACGACUUCACCGACUUCACCCUGCCCAGCCAGACGCAGACUCAAGGCCAGACCCAGAGCCAGCUGGACAGCCAGGUAAAUGGUCCUGAUGAGGGUCUUCUUCUCAACGGUGGGGUGGAUGACCCCGUGGCUAAAGCCAGCCAGCUGUUGGCCGAGCUCAACUUUGAGGAGGAUGAAGAAGACACGUACUACACCAAAGACCUGCCUUUGCACGCAUGCAGCUACUGUGGUAUCCACGAUCCAGCGUGCGUGGUGUACUGCAACACCAGCAAGAAGUGGUUCUGUAAUGGACGUGGCAACACAUCUGGCAGUCACAUCGUGAACCACUUGGUGAGAGCCAAAUGCAAAGAGGUAACGCUGCAUAAAGAUGGGCCGCUGGGCGAGACGGUGCUGGAGUGUUACAACUGCGGCUGUCGCAACGUCUUCCUCCUGGGCUUCAUCCCGGCUAAGGCCGACUCCGUGGUGGUGCUACUCUGCAGGCAGCCCUGUGCCAGCCAGAGUAGCCUGAAGGACAUCAACUGGGACAGCUCGCAGUGGCAACCGCUGAUCCAGGACCGCUGCUUUCUGUCCUGGCUGGUGAAGAUCCCGUCGGAGCAGGAGCAGCUUCGCGCCCGUCAGAUCACCGCCCAGCAGAUCAACAAGUUGGAGGAGCUCUGGAAGGACAACCCCACUGCCACCUUGGAAGACCUGGAGAAACCCGGAGUGGACGAGGAGCCCCAGCACGUGCUGCUGCGCUAUGAGGACGCCUACCAGUACCAAAACAUCUUUGGCCCUUUGGUCAAACUGGAGGCCGACUACGACAAGAAGCUUAAGGAGUCCCAGACCCAAGACAAUAUUACAGUCAGGUGGGACCUGGGGCUGAAUAAAAAGCGGAUUGCCUAUUUCACCUUGCCCAAGACGGAUUCAGGUGGUAAUUCUCUGAGCUUGACUUCCUCCCAGUGGUUCUGUGAUAUGCGGCUGAUGCAAGGUGACGAGAUCUGCUUGAGGUACAAGGGAGACCUGGCCCCGCUGUGGAAAGGCAUCGGCCAUGUCAUCAAAGUCCCCGACAACUAUGGGGAUGAAAUUGCCAUUGAGUUGCGUAGCAGUGUUGGAGCACCUGUGGAAAUCCCCCACAACUUCCAGGUGGACUUUGUGUGGAAGUCCACGUCCUUUGACAGGAUGCAGAGCGCCCUGAAGACGUUUGCAGUGGACGAGACUUCCGUGUCUGGUUACAUUUACCACAAACUGCUGGGCCACGAGGUAGAGGAUGUCACCAUCAAGUGCCAGCUGCCAAAGCGCUUCACUGCCCAGGGCCUGCCCGACCUCAAUCACUCACAGGUGUAUGCUGUGAAGACGGUGCUGCAGAGGCCUCUCAGUCUGAUCCAGGGUCCUCCUGGCACUGGGAAGACUGUCACCUCGGCCACUAUCGUCUACCACCUGUCCCGACAAGGCAACGGACCGGUUCUGGUGUGUGCUCCCAGUAACAUUGCCGUGGAUCAGUUGACUGAGAAGAUUGACAAGACGGGACUGAAGGUCGUCAGGUUGUGUGCCAAGAGCCGCGAGGCCAUCGAGUCACCGGUGUCCUUCCUCGCGCUGCACAACCAGAUCAGCAACAUGGACAGUAUGCCGGAGCUUCAGAAACUACAGCAGCUGAAGGACGAGACCGGUGAGCUGUCGUCUGCUGACGAGAAACGCUACAGGGCUUUGAAACGCACAGCUGAGAGGGAGCUGCUCAUGAACGCUGAUGUUAUCUGUUGUACCUGUGUCGGGGCUGGAGACCCUCGUCUGGCCAAGAUGCAGUUCCGCUCCAUCCUGAUUGAUGAGAGCACCCAGGCCACCGAGCCAGAGUGUAUGGUGCCCGUGGUGCUCGGAGCCAAGCAGCUCAUUCUGGUGGGGGAUCACUGCCAGCUGGGUCCAGUGGUGAUGUGUAAGAAAGCAGCCAAAGCAGGUCUGUCCCAGUCUCUGUUUGAACGCUUGGUGGUUCUGGGGAUCCGGCCAAUUCGCCUGCAGGUCCAGUACCGCAUGCACCCGGCUCUCAGCGCCUUCCCCUCCAACAUCUUCUAUGAAGGCUCUCUGCAGAACGGCGUCACUGCAGCUGACCGCAUCAAGAAAGGGUUUGACUUCCAGUGGCCGCAGCCAGACAAGCCCAUGUUCUUCUACGUGACUCAGGGUCAGGAGGAGAUUGCCAGCUCUGGAACCUCCUACCUUAACAGGACGGAGGCUGCCAACGUAGAGAAGAUCACCACCAGGCUGCUGAAGGCUGGAGCCAAACCCGACCAGAUCGGCAUCAUCACCCCGUACGAGGGUCAGCGCUCCUACCUGGUCCAGUACAUGCAGUUCAGUGGCUCCCUGCACACCAAACUCUACCAGCAAGUGGAAAUUGCCAGUGUGGACGCCUUCCAGGGCAGAGAGAAGGACUUCAUCAUCCUGUCUUGUGUUCGUGCCAACGAGCACCAGGGCAUCGGCUUCCUGAAUGACCCACGUCGUCUCAACGUAGCGCUGACCAGAGCCAAGUAUGGUGUGAUCAUUGUGGGAAACCCCAAGGCCCUCUCCAAGCAGCCGCUGUGGAACAACCUGCUGAACAACUACAAGGAGCAGAAAGUCCUGGUGGAGGGACCCCUGAACAACCUGAGGGAGAGCCUCAUGCAGUUCAGCAAGCCCCGCAAACUGGUCAACACCAUCAACCCUGGGGGACGUUUUAUGAGCACUGCGAUGUACGAUGCUCGUGAGGCCCUCAUCCCUGGCUCUGCCUACGACCGCAGCAAUGCUGCCGGACGUCCGUCCAACAUGUACUUUCAAACCCACGACCAGAUCGGGAUGAUUGGGGCAGGCCCCGGUCACAUGGCCGCUAUGAAUCUUCCCAUACCCUUCAACUUGGUGAUGCCACCAAUGCCUCCACCCAGUUACCUGGGUCAGACCAACGGCCCUGCUGCAGGUCGUGGAGCUAUGAAGGGUAAGCCUGGGCGUGGCGGGCGGCAGAGGGUCCGUGGAUCGGCACACCAGGGUGCCAGUCAGGGUAACGGACCAAACAGUCAGGCCAGCCAGGACGGAGCCUCCCAGCCCUUCUCCCAGGGGCCGCUGACACAGGGCUACAUCUCCAUGAGCCAGCCCUCUCAGAUGAGCCAGCCUGGCCUCUCCCAGCCCGAGCUCUCCCAGGACAGCUACCUGGGCGAUGAGUUCAAGUCCCAAAUCGAUGUGGCUUUGUCCCAGGACUCGACUUACCAGGGUGAACGCGCAUACCAGCAUGGUGGGGUGACUGGACUGUCACAGUACUAAAGUGUCACUUGAAGAAGGGAGCUAGGCUUGAACAAAGCAUAGUUCAUCAGCUUUUUAAUCUGGGAAAUAAUAAAAACAUAAAAUGGAUACCUGUUUUCCUCUGCUACAACCGAAGCACCACCGAGUGAAAGCGACGGGAUAGCGAAACCAAACCAAUGACCAGCGAGAGAAAUAAGAGGGUAGAGGGCGAAGAGAGAGCACGAGCAGACGGGCAUGGAGAUGGCAAGAGAGGCCGAGUGAACAAGCGAGAGGCAGGGACGGAUGCCCGUGCAAAGUGAGGGAAGGAAGUCGAGAAGAUGGCGGCAUGUGGUCGAGCUGCUGAGGGAAACGGAGGGGAGAUCUCAACGGUCUCUCGUGGGAAUCCAAAUGAGGCUCAACUCCCCAACAAAAAAGUCCAGCGAACCCCUUCAACCCACAGCCUCCAGGACAGGAAGGAUCUUAUCUUCAGAUGGGGAUCGAAGCUUUCCAGCUGAAUUUGAAGAACUUGUUCUCCAAACGUGCAGCGGGGGGGCAUGCUAACAGAAAGCCAUCGAACAGGAAACACAAAAUCCCCAUGCUAAAAGUCGGUUGGUUUCUCAGCCUGUAUCUCUUAAAUUUGGUUUAUCGUGGGAGGAGAGCAGCACCAACGCUCUUCUAGUCGGCCCAAAAACCUCAGCAGCCUCUGAAGGAAGCAGCAGUCGACACACCCUCUCGGGGAGGAAAUAAAAACACGGUUUCUGUGCUUGAGUCUGAGAUUAAAGAGCCUUGAAUUGAAAUGCCUUUCAUUUGCCUUGAGGACCACUGGCUCAUUCACGAGGUCUUUAACGGGGUGGUUUCGACCACACGUCAGUGGUGGAGAGGCAUCGGGAUUUCAGACUGUUUUUUCAAGGCGUGACGCGCGAAUCCCACCGAUAUCGCGAUCAUCAUGGGACAGUUUUUUCUUCUCUGAAGUACCUUUCUUAUCACAGAGCACAAAAUUGCAAAAAAGUCAUUGAAACUAUCAAAAAACGACCAGCAUUGAAUAUUCAACUCAAUGUCAUUUGAUGUUUCAGCGAAGGCUUUUCCUUAUUUUAAUCGUUUGAAAGCAGGGGUUGUUGAUGUCCUGCUGUGCUUCAUGACCAGGUGUCUUUUUGAAAACACUCUGUACGCUUAGAUUGGCAAAUGCUUGAACGCUUUGCAUUGAUCGAUUCCUCAGGGGAUUGUGGACUGUCCACGCUCAUCACACAAAUCCCUGCGUGAGGUGAAAGAAACCAAACAAGAGGGGGAAGAAGGAUGAUAGUAGUCGAGGCUUACAGGCGGCGGCCGUGGCAAUCAAUCCACCACAAGUGAGGAAAAGAAAAGGAAGGUGGCUGAGGAAGAGAAGGAUACGAGAGUUUCCACAUCUGGAAAAUGAGUUCAGGUCAUGGUUGGGGUUAAAAAGGGAAACGUUAGGACUGUUCAGUCCCAAUAGAUGACCACACAUUAAAUGUAGUUGUAAGCCCAGUGUCAUUUCACACAGCAUUUUGAUUUUGUGAACAUUGUUCACAUGACGAGCAAUAUAGCCAGGCUGAUGGCCAUACUGCCCGGCCACACAAAUCUUAAGAUAAUCAGGGGCUGAAGACAGGAAAUAUGUUUAAUCUCAACAUAACCCUAUAAUUAAAAAAAAAAAAACAUAAUCUGAAAGAUCUUUGGUUCCUGUGUGGGUCGAAAAUAUUUUUUUAACUUUACCUAAACCCAAGUUACACACAAUGGAAAUGCCAUCAGUACUGAAGAGAUGAUGGCCAGCAGAUAAAUGAAAAGUGAAUGAGAGACCUGAAUCAGUGCCUAUAACCAAUCACCUUCAGAUAAACAGCUGCAGCACAAGCAUGAAUGUAGUUAAAAAUCAAACUACCAGCAUUUAAAAAAAA